AUGAACGGCGCUGUACCACCGGAGGCCGGAGCGCAGGCCAACGGCUCCGCGCCGCUCGAUGCGUGCCUGGAUGAAGCAAUGGACCUAGCAAUGCUGAUCGUCGAGCGCGAGGCCAAGGCGCUUCAAUACGUCUCCGAGACGCUUCAAAAGUCUCCGGAGAAGAAGGAGCGCUUCCGCCAAGCGCUCGCCCUGGCGCUAGAAAGCACGGGACAGGCUCACGGGGGUCCCAGUAUCAUCGCACGAAAGAUUGCAUCGAUGCUCCUAUCGCUUGGCACACAGGCCAUCUUUUUGCAUCCUGCCGACUGCCUGCACGGCGAUCUCGGCGCCGUCUUUCCCGGGCAUGAUGUUGUUCUGGCCCUGUCCUACUCGGGCCAGUCGCACGAGACCGUGUCCUUUCUCGAUCUCGAGCCGGUGCGCCGCGGAGGGGUAUCCGGCGCUCUCGCUGAGGCGUAUCCUGCGAUCCCUGCGCCGACCAGCAGCACGACGGUUAUGCUGGCUCUGGGCGAUGCAUUUUCCAUUGCGUUGACGCGCGCCAAAGGAAUCGAAAAAGCAACGUUUAAGCGGAACCACCCUGGAGGCAAUCUGGGCAUGGUCUUUCGCCAAGAGAAGGAAUAA